GCCGCCCUCCCAUCCGGGGGACUCAACGCGUCCCACCGAGGCCCCGCCUUCAAACAGGCCCCGCCCCCAAUGGACCCCGUCCCACCGAGGACCCGCCUUCAAACAGGCCCCGCCCCCGAACAGACCCAGUCCCACUGAGGCCCCGUCUCCGGGCAGGCCCCGCCCACGAACAGACCCACCCCACUGAGGCCCCCCGACGCCGCUGCCGCUCCGCAGCCCCCCAGGCGAGACGCGUCGCGCGGGCUGCCCCUUCUCCCUCUCAGCUUCCGGAGGGACCCGGGCUGAGCGCCCCGCCCCGCCUCGCCCCGCCUCUUCCCCCGCCCGAUCCCGCGCCCUCAGUGUCCCGGCCGCGCAGGACUUGACAUGCUGCCCGACUGCCUGUCGGCCGAGGGCGAGCUGCGCUGCCGCCGGCUGCUGGCAGGGGCCACGGCCCGGCUCCGCGCGCGGCCCGCGUCGGCCGCGGUGCUCGUGCCGCUCUGCUCAGUGCGUGGGGUCCCGGCGCUGCUGUACACGCUGCGGUCUAGCCGCCUGACCGGGAGGCACAAGGGCGACGUCAGUUUCCCAGGCGGCAAGUGCGACCCGGCUGACCAAGAUGUGGUGCACACGGCCCUGCGGGAAACCCGGGAGGAGCUGGGCCUGGCAGUGCCCGAGGAGCACGUGUGGGGCCUGCUGCGGCCUGUGUAUGAUCCGCAAAAGGCCACCGUGGUGCCAGUGCUUGCUGGUGUAGGCCCACUGGAUCCCCAGAGCCUCAGGCCCAACUCGGAGGAGGUAGAUGAGGUGUUUGCACUGCCGCUGGCCCACCUGCUGCAGACGCAGAAUCAGGGCUAUACCCACUUCUGCCGGGGUGGCCACUUCUGCUACACACUACCCGUCUUCCUGCAUGGACCACACCGGGUCUGGGGCCUCACAGCUGUCAUCACCGAGUUUGCCCUGCAGCUGCUGGCACCUGGUACCUACCAGCCCCGCCUGGCCGGCCUGACCUGCUCAGGGGCUAAGGGUCUGGCCCGCCCUAAGCAGCCCCUGGCUUCACCCUGUCAGGCCAGCUCCACUCCAGGACUGAAUAAAGGUCUUUGACAGCUCUA